GUUGGCAUCAAGUACCAGUUUUUCUAAUCAAGCAGAAAGCAUGAUGAUCCCUGGAAAUGCUGCAGGUGUGGCCAAGCAAUUCCUCCGUUGUGUGUUCCAUCAGCUGGCUCCCAAUGGCAUUUUCCCCCAGCUCUUCCAGAGCAAUAUUAAAGAUGGAAGUUUUUUACGGACCUUGGCAACGUCUCUUAUGGACUUCAGUGAGCUGAGUUCCAUUGCUGCUCUGAGCCAGCUGUUAGAGGGUUUAAACAACAAAAAGAAUUUACCAGCAGGGGGUGCAAUGCUACGCUGUUUGGAAAAUAUUGCUACUUUUAUGGAAGCAUUGCCGAUGGAUUCACCCAGCAACCUCUGGACCACAAUUAGUAACCAGUUUCAGACCUUCCUUACCAAACUCCCUUGUGUUUUGCCACUUAAGUGUUCUUUAGAUUCUAGUUUAAGAAUCAUGAUUUGCUUGUUGAAGAUACCUACCACUAGUGCCACCAGGAGUCUUCUGGAGCCUUUUUCAAAAUUACUAAGCUUUGUAAUUCAGAAUGCUGUCUUCACUCUGGCCUACCUGGUGGAACUGUGUGGUUUGUGCUACCGAGCCUUCACUAAGGAAAGGGACAAAUUCUACUUGACACGCAGUGUCAUAUUGGAGUUACUGCAGGCACUCAAGUUAAAAUCACCCUUACCAGACAUGAAUCUGCUGCUGUUGGUGCAGUUUGUUUGUGCAGAUGCUGGAACAAAACUAGCUGAGUCAACAAUCUUGCAUAAACAGAUGAUUGCCUCUAUGCCCGGAUGUGGAACAGCAGCAAUGGAAUGCAUGAGGCAAUAUGUUGGGGAAGUGCUGGAUUUCAUUGCAGAUAUGCAUACCUUAACAAAAUUAAAGAGUCACAUGAAGACUUGUUCUCAGCCACUGCAUGAAGACACAUUUGGUGGACAUCUGAAAGUUGGUUUAGCUCAGAUUGCUGCUAUGGAAAUCACACGGGGAAACCACAGAGACAACAAAGCUGUGAUCCGAUAUUUGCCUUGGCUUUACCAUCCUCCUUCUGCAAUGCAACAAGGGCCCAAAGAGUUCAUAGAAUGUGUGUCUCACAUUCGUUUGCUGUCCUGGCUACUUCUGGGGUCUCUGACACACAACGUUGUCUGUCCAAAUUCUCCGUCAUCUUGCAUGCCUAUUCCACUGGAUGCGGGUUCACAAGUUGCUGACCACCUUAUUGUUAUUCUGAUUGGGUUUCCAGAGCAAUCAAAGACAUCUGUUCUGCACAUGUGUUCCCUCUUCCAUGCAUUUAUAUUUGCUCAGCUCUGGACAGUGUAUUGUGAGCAAACAGCAGUAGCCCCUACAGUCCAGAAUCAGAAUGAAUUUAGCUUUACAGCAAUCCUCACAGCCCUGGAGUUCUGGAGCCGAGUGACACCUAGCAUCCUACAGCUGAUGGCACAUAACAAAGUGAUGGUGGAAAUGGUGUGCCUGCAUGUGAUUAGUUUAAUGGAGGCUUUACAAGAAUGCAACUCUACUAUAUUUGUAAAGCUCAUACCAAUGUGGUUGCCAAUGAUACAGUCAAAUCUAAAGCAUUUAUCUGCUGGACUCCAGCUGCGCCUCCAAGCCAUCCAGAGCAAUGUCAACCAUCACAGCCUAAGGAUGUUACAGGGGUCAGGACAAAUGAACAAUAGCUCAUCUGUGCUCCGCAAAUGGCUACAAUGUACCCAGUUUAAAAUGGCUCAAGUGGAGAUUCAGUCGUCAGAAGCUGCAUCUCAGUUUUAUCCUUUAUGAUUCAUGUAAUUUGUUCCAAAUGUUCAUUUUUAGCCUAGCAAUAACAGGGUUAGAGCUGUAAAAGACCUUUUGUAUGAGUCAGUAUACAGAGUAUAUACUGUAUCUAUACUUUUUAGCCUAGGACAGUUUGUGGAAAAGCUUAUAAUAGGUGAAACUAAGACCCUGAUCCUGCUAGUCUUUAAUCACACUUGCUCAGGAUCAACAGGUUCUCAAGUCUGCAUUUGUGAACAUGUAUUUGCAGGAUUGGACUCGAAUCUAUCACACUGUACAUACCUCUCUGAUCAUGGAAAUAUCUUGUUCUUAAAUGUUUCUUUACAUUAUUUUUGAAGCUAAGACAAAAAUCAUUUUCCUUAAUUCUAUUUUUUUUUAAAAUAGAAUUGUGGGUAUUCACAAACAUAUAGAAGUGCUAUGUUGCUAUUUUUUGAUGAUAACAAAAGAAAAGAGGUGUUUUAGGAACUUUUAUAGGAGGUUUUUUUUUGGGGUGGCUUUUUUUUUUUUUUUUUUAUUCACAGCUGGCAAUGCAAUAAAACCUGUCACUAUAAAACAGUGAUGUUCUAAUGAGGCUUUUUGUCAUCAUCUCCUGGGAAAACAGCAGCUUGUAAGAAGAGUUAUUAUAAAGUGCACUUAGAAAAUAGGUUGUUCAACUGUGCCAAUUCAUUUGUCUUUUUCUUCAGUACUGUUUUCCAAAACUGCCAAGUCUGAUUUAUUAUUUUUUGAAAUAUUGCUUUUACUUCAUAGAUUCUGUGCUGCUCUUCUUUGUAGGUUUCAUAGAAGCCUCUUUAAUUUUGUGACUACUAUAUUGUAUUCUUCUGUCAAUGCUUGUAUACAGUGCAAUUAAAAAUUGAUAUCCCAGACCUAUUCUUAUUGAUGUCUCUAGAAAUUAUGUUGCAGACUUCAAGAGGAGCAUGAUUGGACCUGAACUUUUGCAUAACGAUAUUUACAAAUCACAGCAUUUGCAUACUAUGGUAUUAAACAUGAUGUUUAAUAACAGAUGGAUUGUAAUAUCAUUAAGGGUCUCAACCAAAGCCCAUGUGAAUCUAAAGAGACUCAAUUAAUUCAGUGGAUUUUACAUAAAAUCUUGAGAGCACCAUGAUUUACCAUGUCAUGUAAUUAAUACUUAAAUGUCUCAAAUCAGUUUUAUUUUCUGUAUUUAUUCCUGUAAGGCACUGAUUAGAAGAAUAACACACACACAUUUAAGUUGUGUUUUAGAAUGCUAAUAAAUUCCUAGUCUUUAUUACCA